AUGUUAAGUAACUUUUUUUUUUUCGUCCUGGCACAUGUGUUUAUAUUUUCCCUGAGGAAUAGCAAGUACGUCUGCUGCUUUUACAUCCCCAAGGUGUGCUGUACAAAAUUGUUUUACUUGAAGGAAUCGAAUGAUGCAUCGAGUUACUCCGAGGGGCGCGAACGGUACAUGCAGGAAAAGAAAAUGAAGCAGCUGAAGCUCAAGGCGGAAAACAAGGUCGUCAAGCAGUUGCGAAUAACGCCGAGAAUUGGGACCAACGAUUUGCUUAUAAAGAUAAAUUCAGCGAAGCAGUUUCUGCUGAGAAGACACAGAGUAAAAUUCAUUUUGACGCUGAAGGGAAGGGAAUACACCAAUGUUGAAAAUGUAAAAAAAAUUUUCGCAAAAAUUUCCGAAGAAUUAAAAAGUUAUGGCAACUCGGAGACCAUGCGGCAGAACGGCAAUGUGGUGUCUCAGUUGUUUAAUUUGAAGGCCAAGAGGAAAAAUGAAAGCUCACUCGGGGGGGAAGGAGGAGGAGGAGGAGGCAUUAAAUAG